AUGCCAACUGAGCUAGUAGACUCACAGAGAUCUGCCUCAAUGCAGACUUCCGAGCUUCGACAAAAGAGAACAUGUGAAGUGCCUGACAAGGGCGUGGGUAGCCUUCCCACAGAAGAAAUGAUUAAGCUAAUUCGGGAUGCUACCAAUUCCCCGUCAGUCCUGAUUCGGUUUCUGGAGCGCGACACACUCAGAUCACCCUCUUCCCAUCUAUACAGCAAACCCCCAAAGGGCCACCGUAAACAUCCUUCGGGUACGGAUUUAAGCGCCGUCGGCUACGGCGACCGAGAACGUAUAACUGCACAUCUCGGGUUCAUCCUUCAGGCUACAGCUGAUUGCCUAAAGCAUGAAACCUGCAGGGCAGACGAAGCGGUAGCGCGGGCCGAAUAUGCCGAGGUGCUGGCUAAAGAAUGGUUUGCAAAAACCGGCUUCAGCGGAGAAGGGUCGAAGCGAAGCGGAUACGAGUGCAAUAGAGUCACAAAGCGACGCUGCAAGGUGCACAUUGCUCAAUUGGAGAAACGGUGUGCUGAGGCCGAGCGCUCUGCUUCGAAGGCGAGGUCUGAAGCGCGUGAAUUGAAGACGGCGCUUAGCAGCCUUGAAGCUAGAAGAAAAGGCUGGGAAGAAGGAGUGAAGAUCGGUAUGAUGAAAAGACUAGGUGAAGAACAAAACAAGCUUUGGAGUGCUGGGUAUGCGGAGGGCUUUAAAGAAGCAAAGGCUUCGGCAAUGAAAGAGGGUAUUCGGAUCGGUAGACGUGAAGGUCUGCACGAAGGUCGUGAACAAGGACGCAACGAAGAACGCAGGAGCGCGCUUGAGGCAUUUGAUAAAUUCCUGGCAGAAGAGAUGAACGGAUAUGGCCACUGGGAUGAUUGGACUCGAAGAUGGGCCGCAUCUGUCUAUCAUCCGGAUACUAGCACAAGCCUAUCUUCGCGUCACUCUCUAUUGAGUGAUGAGUAA